AUGCCAGAUGCAUCAACUGUUCGCCAGCUUGAGCAUCUUUCCGCCAAGGGUGUCUCUGGCUGGCUGAAUAUUCUUCCCUUGAAGGAGCAUGGUUUCAGCCUGUCGAGUUGUGACUUCCGCGAUGCCAUUGCAUUGAGAAACCUGAGCCAUAAUCAACUUGCAAGCCUUCCUACAAAUGUAUUUGCCAACCUAUCACGCCUUUCGACUCUACACCUGGAAUAUAAUCAACUUGCAAGCCUUCCUACAAAUGUGUUUGCCAACCUACCACGCCUUUCAGUGCUAUUCCUGGUGACUAAUCCACUUGCAAGCCUUCCUUCAAAUGUAUUUGCCAACCUUUCAGCCCUUCAGUUCUUGUAUAUCCAAAACAACAGCCUAACUGUGGAUCAUCAACUUUGCAGAGCGUUUCCUCAAGGACGACCAAAUAUACCCACAUUUGUAGCAGACUCUGUAGAAUAUAUAAAGAGUCUCAAUUCAACAGUUUGUUCCCAAAGCUGUGACAAUGCCCCAAAAGGAGAGUUUACUUGCAACACUGGCUAUAGAUGUAUCGGUGCUUUAUGGAACUAUACAUGCCACAAUAUUGACGAAUGUGUUCGUGGGAAUCAUGCAUGUCAUUACAAUGCCAUGUGUAAUGAUACGGUUGGCAACUUCACAUGCACUUGCAACGCUGGUUACUAUGGAGACGGCGGACAAUGUACAGUCGUUACAAGUGAUUCACCCGGGAUGCCCAGGAGCGGCUCACUACUCCUUCCCACCAUUUGUAUCACCAUGGUUACAUUUACCCUGGCAAUGAUGACACUGAUCGUGUGAUUAAUGGCAGGCAUAAUAAUUUUGUUGGCGUCUCUGAUUUCAAUUUGAAUUGCAAGCAUGAUUUUCGCCACAUUUCUCGUUACUAUUAAUUAUCCACAAAGUAUGUUAUUUAUGGAGAGUUUGUUUGUUGUGUGUGUUUUCCCAAAAAGAUUGCAUUUCUUAGCCUGUAGGCACCGACAGCUUUCGGUGUAAUGACAGUCUCCCUCUCACAUGUUUGUGUAGGAAUAGUUUGUGAUUGAAGCUUGGAAGAGAUUAGCUGGUUUCCAUCAA